GCUCUGACGCUCUGACAGCUGAUAAACAAAAAUAUUUCCUUAAUCUAAACCCGGUCUUUUAUCAGAGAAAUUAUGUUUAAGUUUAUUUAAUUAUCAAACGCGUCGUAUGACGUACUUUCCGCCCUAAAUAUUGCAGAAGAUAAAGAAUUACAAACGAAUAUUUUUGUGGUUGUCGUAUUCCAGUGUUAGUACUAACAAAUAAUUCGUGAUGAGGAUACGAGAUUUGCUCAAGUCUUUUCGAGCCCGAAGGGCCCGCCAGCUGUCGAGGACUGAUUCUCUAUCUUUUGAGGCCUUUUGCAAUGAUAGCCCUCCAGAGAAGUAUCCAGAAACCAAAGAAUCCUCUUUGACUGGGGAUUAUAAACUAUCUCCUGCAAAACUUAAUAGCAGCGAGUAUUCCCGUUUUUCUCGCAAGAAAGGAAACGAUAAGGAAUCUACCCGUCCCAGUCUGCCAACUAUUUUGUUGAUAAUUGUUCUUUCGGCUGUGUUCGUAAUCCUUCCAAUAGUAUAUUUAUUGAACUGUUUUGAUAUGGUAUACAAACAUAAUUCUCAUAGACACAAUCCGGAUAUCAAAGAAGCAGAUCACUACGAACCAAGCUCUUUGGUUCAUCAAAGAUUAGCGUCUCCACUUAGAAAACCAGUAAGAACCCGAGACUUACCUUAUCCUCCAAAACCGAACUACAACCAGUGUAAGAGUUUAUCGGACAAAGAGAAGUUUGAUUGUUUUCCGGACGACGGUGCCAACGCAGAGAGCUGCGAGUCGAGGGGCUGCUGUUGGAUACCAGCAAAAACCAAACCAAAGAAUCUAGAUGUUCCGUUGAACACCCCUUAUUGUUUCUACCCACCGAACUACAACACGUACAACUAUAUUAACGUUACAGAGACCGGAUUCGGCCUGGUGGCCUUUUUGAGGAGGAACUAUCGGACGGCUUAUCCCGAUGACGUUGAUGUACUUAAAAUGAUCGUUAAGUACGAGUCCGAGACGAGGUUACACGUUAAGAUUGUAGAUCCUGUGAAUUCGCGGUUCGAACCGUCUUAUCCCGAGGUGCCGAUCGUCGAUAGAGCUGCCGUUAAUUUGACUUACAUCUUUGAAAUGGAUAUGUUCAAGCCGGGAUUCAAGGUUGUACGCAAAUCUGACAAUACCACGAUUUUUGAUGCAAGCAACGUGAAUACGAUUUACUCUAAUCAGUUCUUACAAAUAAGUGCCAAGUUGCCCUCAAGUUAUAUUUACGGUAUCGGAGAACAUCGUUCAAAUUUUCUUCUCUCGACCGAUUGGAGCCGGUUUACUCUAUUCAAUCACGACGCCGUACCACAACUUAACAAAAACCUGUACGGAAGCCAUCCGUUUUACCUCGUGAUGGAGAAUUCAAGCAACAGUCACGGGGUAUUUCUUUUAAACAGCAACGCGAUGGACGUCAUUUUACAACCUACGCCAGCUAUCACGUUCCGGCCCAUCGGGGGGAUAUUGGAUUUUUAUUUCUUAAUGGGACCGACGCCUAGCGACGUCGUCGGCCAGUACACCGAACUGGUCGGGCGGCCGUACAUGCCGCCUUACUGGGGACUGGGAUUCCACCUCUGCAGGUUCGGGUAUAAAACCUUAAAGGAUACGGAGAAGGUGAUGCAGAGGAAUAUUGACGCCGGCAUACCUCUGGACACCCAGUGGAAUGACCUCGAUUAUAUGAACAACAGCAACGAUUUCACGUACGACAAGGAGAAAUUCAGGGGUUUGCCGGAAUUCAUAAAAGACCUACACGCGAGAGGUAUGCACUACAUACCGCUGGUAGAUCCCGGAGUAAGUGCUAGCGAGGUACCCGGCGCUUACCCGCCGUUCGAUAUCGGCAUCAAAAUGGACAUAUUCGUUAAGAAUUCCACCGGCCAACCCUUUAUAGGAAAGGUGUGGAAUAAAGCUUCGACUGUGUGGCCGGACUUCACCCAUCCGAAAACGGUCGACUACUGGACGUUGAUGCUCAAGAACCUGCACCAGCAAAUACCUUUCGACGGCGCAUGGAUCGACAUGAACGAACCGUCGAAUUUCCUAUCCGGCUCGUUUACGGGUUGUCCAAAGUCUUCCCUCGAGAGCCCGCCUUAUUUUCCGGGUAUCGACGGCGGCGUUAUCAACUACAAGACGAUGUGCAUGAGUGCUAAGCAUUACGCUGGGUUGCAUUACGACGUUCACAAUUUGUUUGGAUUUACGGAGGCGAUCGUCACAAGUUUCGCCAUGGCGGAAAUCCGGGGAAGAAGACCCAUGGUAAUAUCGAGAUCCACGUUUGCCGGUCACGGCCACUACGCCGGUCACUGGAGCGGCGACGUUUGGUCCGCUUGGACCGACAUGCGCUACACCGUACCCCAACUACUGAGCUUCAGUUUGUUCGGCAUCCCCUUGAUGGGCGCCGAUAUCUGCGGCUUCAACGGCAACACCACCCAGUCCCUUUGCAACCGUUGGAUGCAACUCGGGGCUUUUUAUCCUUUCUCCAGGAAUCACAAUACGGACGACGGCAUUGAUCAAGACCCGGUGGCUAUGGGGGAGCAGGUUGUGGCAUCGUCGAAGAAAGCUUUAGGCGUGCGCUAUUCGCUCCUGCCUUAUUUGUACACCCUUUUCUAUAAAGCGCACAUUCUCGGGGAAACCGUAUCGCGGCCCCUGUUUUUCGAGUUUACAAACGACACAAAAACAUUUUCCGUCGACACUCAGUUCCUGUGGGGCGCAGCGCUGAUGGUCGUGCCUGUUUUAGAGGAUGGUAGGACCGAUGUAGCGGCUUACUUACCCGCUGGGGUGUGGUACGAUUUUUAUACUAAAUCCGGGAUCCGCAGCAAGGGGCAAACCUUCAACUUGUCUGCGCCUUUGGACACUAUACCGGUGCUGGUGAGGGGCGGGUACGUUUUGCCGCAACAGAGUCCAAAACCGACCACAACCGAGUCCAGAAAGACGAAAGUCCAAUUGUUGGUCGCCUCGGACGGCAACGGGGAAGCCGGCGGAGAGCUGUACUGGGACGAUGGCGAUUCGUUGAAUUCUUACGAGGAAAAGCGAUACUCCUUGAUAUCGUUCAAUAUGGAAAUCAACACUUUACGUUCAUUCGUUAUGUAUUUAGGCUCCGAGGUCCCUCCCAAUUUAGGUUCCGUGACGGUUUUAGGGAUAGACAAGCCCGUCACUGAGGUUACGGUGAACGACCUCGCUCAAGCGUUCAAGUUCGACACCGUCCAUAAGUACUUGGUGAUCGACAACCUGGACGUGUCGUUCGGCAAACCAAUCGUUAUAUCCUGGAAGUAACUUCCUUCGUUUUUGUGUAGUUUUAAGGCGCACAGUUCUGUUUCAUCGCACUGCUUUGACUUUCCAGAUUAUUAUAUUUUUAGAUGUUCCGUGUUUGUAAACGCCCGGUAUAUUACAGCGCCGGGCACUGGAGUUUGAAGAAUUGUUACCGAAGGGCGUUAUUAUAUAAUUGUUUUACUGAUACGUGUUACCUAGAACCUAGCGAGUGACGUAGAAGUUAGGUUAGACGUUAGAUGUCGAAUUUACCGUUCCGACGUUCUGCCAAACUAGUUUUAAAAAUAGUCAAUUACCUAGACUGGUUUCGUUUCAAUUUUAACGUGUGAUUAGUGUUAGGUGUGUGGAAUGAGGAACUUUCAUUUUUAAUGUCGGUUUUUGAGGAAAACGGUAAUAUUUGUGUUUAAUGAGGAAAAUUCGAAAGCUACGAUAGUCCCAUCGCGUAUUCUCCUCGUUUUUAUUCUUAUAUGCAGAUAGGAAAUAACGGAUUAUUUUUUGUUUUCAUCGAAAUACUAAGUUAUGCACUUUUACAAAGAAUGCUUUGAAAAUAAAACAUCUGACUAUCGUUAUAUACAAAAUUUUGACAGUUCCGUUAAAUUUUGAUUGAUGUCAAAACUUAUAGCACUAGACAUUAAUUGAUGAAUAAAGAAGAGCAAAAUAUGCUUCGAACUCUUUAGUUGAUUCAUCUGAAGAAUAUCUAGUUUUAUUUCGUAUGAAAUUUGCAUUUAUAGCUGUAAAGUUUGAUGUUGUCAAUGGAGAUUUAUUUGAACUGUCAAAAGUUCAUUUGGGGAAUAGUUCAUUCAAAGCACUCUUUGUAAAAACGGUUAAUUUUAUAUUUCGGCGAAAACAAGAACGUAAGAAUAUGAUAACACAACAGAAAUAUGUGUUGAAUUAAAAAAUUCGAAAAUUUCAAUGUAGUACCUAUAAAAAAGAUACAAAUUGACAAAAAACGAGCACCUUCGUUCGAGAAAAAUCUUGAAUUUCAGGUAGAGACGUCAGAUUUUAAAAUUUAGAAAAUGCAAUGCACAUACGUUUAACGAAAGUUCUCCUUCCCGCUGGUAAUUAGGAUUAUAGUAUCUUAAUUUUGCGGUUUUAAACAAUUAUACUUAAUUGACCAGUUUUUGCUGAUAUAUUUUAUGGUUCUUGUUGUAUAAAAUUAGGCAUAGCGGGACUCUACUUUGUAAUGGGGUACGAAGGGAGUUCGACUCCGGAUUAGAAAUAUAAUUUGUAUUUACAGUGUGCAUGCAUGAAAUAGAAAUAUCGAGGCCAUCGAGGAUGACUUCCGGGUGAUAAUUAGGCUGAUUAAUUUUUUUAGAGGGUGAUUUUGUUCCAAGGCUGUUAAAACUUUAUGACUGAACUCUAGACGUAGUCGAGUGACUUUUUGACGUCCCUUGCCUCAGAUUAUUUUAUCUCUACUACAUAUUGUCUUACUUUGUACUAUCAGUGGUCAAACCAAUGUGUUUGGUUUUUAAUAAAUAUGCUUCAGGUUUA